AUGACUUCGAGUCUUGUUGCAGACAAUAAGGGUAAGAGUCGUCCAGAAGAAGAGACUGAUAAAGAAAGCCGUUCAGCAGUCGGAUUGAAAAUCAAUGCUGAAACCAAGAUGGCUCUGCGUCCCUUGUUGCUCGACCAUAUCGAUGAAAACAGCCCAAGGUCAUCGUGGUUCUCUGAUUCUGUUGACUUGUGUGCUUAUGUAUUUGAGCCCUUGGAAAGUUCAGCACUAAUCACCUUGAGCAAUACUGUUGUGGGGAAGGCUGGAUUACUGUUUCAUGGCGAGCGUAAACCAAGCAAUCCAAAGAGUGGUUUCAUUCCAAUUCAGAUGUUGAACUUCAAUCACUUCGAAUUCAUGGCCCACCAUAGACUAUAA